AUGGAUCGAAGUUGGAUGAACGCAUCACGUAUAACUAAAGAGUACGAGAAUGGUGUUGAAGAGUUUUUGUUGUUUGCUCAAAGUAAAGCGCAACCUAUGUGGGGAAAAUUUUUUUGUCCAUGUGUGAAGUGUGGAAAUGGGAGGCGCCAAACAAUUGAUGACAUAAGAACUCAUCUUAUUUGUGAGGGAAUAAUUCGUAGCUACACAAAGUGGAUAUGGCAUAGGGAAUCCCUCGAUACAGCUGACAUGUCACAGGCUGACGAUGUUACUACAGACAGCGGAAAUCCUAUAGAAGAAAUGAUUCGCGAUCUUGGGCAAGAGGGGUUUGAAGAGGCACAUGCAGCGUUGUAUGACAACAUAGAAGUUGAUUCAAAAAUGCCUUUGUAUUCCGGCUGCAUAUCUUUCACAAAAUUGUCAGCUGUGUUAGCUCUGGUUAACUUGAAGGCUCGAUUUGGGUGGAGUGACAAGAGUUUUAGUGAGUUGCUGAUGUUGUUGACAAACAUGCUUCCUGCUGAUAACAUCUUGCCAAAGAAUCACUACCAAGCAAAGAAGAUUUUAUGUCCAGUUGGGAUGCAGUACGAAAAAAUUCAUGCAUGUUGUAAUGACUGCAUUUUGUACAGAGAUGAUUUUGCUGAACUAGAUUACUGCCCUGUGUGUGGGGUUUCUCGGUACAGACCGACCAACGGAGAUUCUACUGUACUAGUCUCAGACGCCGACCGCCGUCCAGCAAAGGUGUGUUGGUAUCUCCCAAUAAUACCAAGGUUUAAGCGGUUGUUUGCUAAUGGGGAAGAUGCAAAGAACCUUAUAUGGCAUGCAAAUACCAGAAAAUCAGAUGGAUUGAUGCGACAUCCUGCAGAUAGCCCGCAAUGGAAGGCAAUUGAUCAUCUGUAUCCUGAAUUUGGGGCCGAGCCUAGAAAUUUAAGGCUUGGUCUUGCAACGGACGGAAUGAACCCAUUUGGAACCUUAACUACUAACCAUAGCUCGUGGCCCGUUUUGCUGUUCAUUUAUAAUCUCCCUCUGUGGUUGUGCAUGAAGCGAAAGUAUGUUAUGCUGAGUAUGAUGAUAGCUGGUCCAAGACAACCAGGUAAUGAUAUUGACGUAUAUCUAAGACCGUUAAUUGACGAUUUGCAGAAAUUGUGGGAUGAAGGGGUUGAUGUAUGGGACGCAAAUUUGCAGCAUGCUUUCAAGUUGCGUGCAGUGGUUUUUUGUACCAUCAAUGACUUUCCAGCCUACGGAAAUUUAAGUGGAUAUAGUGUCAAAGGACAUCACGCAUGUCCUAUAUGUGAGCAGAAUACUAGUUUCCGCCAACUUAAACAUGGAAAGAAGACUGUGUAUACUAGGCAUCGAAGAUUUCUCAAACAGUAUCAUCCGUAUCGACGCUUGAAGAAGGCAUUCGAUGGAAGUCAAGAACAUGAAACCGCGCCAAAUCCAUUAACUGGCGAUGAAGUAUAUCAGCGGGUCAAGGAUGUCGUAAAUAUGUUCGGCAAGUCCCAAAAAAAACCAUCAUCCACUUCAAACAUGUGGAAAAAGAAGUCUAUUUUCUUUGAUCUUCCGUACUGA